AUGGGUGCCGGCGCGCUGGCCGUGGGUCUAGAUGCCUCAAACCAGCCCCUGCUUCAGUUCAGCCUACGGGUCAAGUUCUACGUGGAGUGUCACCUCCUUCUCAGGGAUCAGGUCACCCGGCACCACUACUACCUGCAGCUGCGGGAGAACGUGCUGGCGCACGGGCAGGCGUGCAGCCGGGAGUUGUGCCUGCUGCUGGCCGGCUGGGCGUUGCAGGCUGACCUCGGCGACCGACCACUUCACGCCGGCACCCAGUACUUCCGGCCGGCCGACUACUUCCCCGACUGGCUGAUUGGUCAGGCGGGCGCCGAGUCCAUCCUGAACAGCACGCCAGCCGUACACCGGCACAACAGGGGCAUGUCCAGUGCGCAGGCCGAGCUGGCUUAUAUCAGGGAGGCGUCGGCGGUCGAGGCGCCCUUCAACCUGCACCUGUACCGGCUCAGGCGCCGGAAGUCGGACACUUCCGGCUCCGUUCUGCUCGGCAUCUGCCCCAACGGCGUGGAGCUGUAUCAGGAGGAGAAGAACAGCGUCAGAAAGCUGAUUGCGUCUUUUAUCUGGACAAACAUCGGCAGGCUCGGCUUUGAGAAAAAGAAGUUUGAAAUCAGUGCCUUGACUCAGAAGUUCACUUUCUACACCACGGACGACGAGAAAUCCAAGCAGCUGUUCCACCUCUGCAAGGAGACCCACCUGUUCACGCAGUCAGCUCAUGACCGGCUCGCCCUCAUCCAGCAGCGUUCAGAAGAAGAGCGGCGGACGCCGGCGAGCUCGCUCCGGCGCCCCCGUGACCUGCGCCCGGGCUGGGAGUACCUGCAGACGUCGGCCGGCGACGCCGAGCAGCGGGUCUCGGUCGUCUCCAGCACCUCGUCCAACGCCACGUCCGGCGUCGUCUCGGACCGGACCGUGCCGAGCCUGGACGACAGCGACGAUGACCUGCAGGCGGAGCUGCUGGCCGGCUGCGGGGCGGCCGAGUCUGCCGAGAGCGGGGUGGACUCGAUGACUCGCUCCCGCUCGCAGCUGGACGCCGCCUCCCCGCGAUCGUCACAGAGAUCCUCCGCCGGAAACCCACACUACGCGCUGGCGCAGCUGCCCGCCGACCUGUGCAGCGGCACCUUGGCCGCCGCCGGUCAGGUGGACAUCGACUACAGCGUGCACUCGGCGCACACGUCGGUCGGCUCUGUCGUCACGACGCCCGGCUCGUUCCCGCGCAAGACCACCGUCUCCAGCACGUUCGAAACGGACAGCGACUACGUCCAGGUGCCUUACGACAGGCACGGCCAGCCCCGGAUGGCUGAGCCGGCGGGCGGCGUGCCAAUGGCCACGGUGACGACGCGCACCAGCCUGGCCACCGUUUACAUCGGCCAGCUGGCUCGCUCGCAGAUCGAGCAGUUCCAGCGCCAGCUGCUCUCCAACUCAGAUUACGUCAUGUACCCGCUGAAGGACCCGGGCAUCAGCCGGCAGGAGUACAUGGACGCCAGGCGGCGCAGCAGCUGCUGCCAGACGCAGCCCCGAACCGGUCGCUGGUGUCCGUCAGCCAACCAAGCCAGUCCCAGCGACAGCGGCGCCAAACGCUGA